AUCUGUUCUAGACACUCCCUGCAUAUUUUGUGUAGUUUAUGACUGUAGAGAAUCAGGCAUUUCGUCAGUUUUUCCUUCUCGUGCACAGCUUUGUUCGGGUCCAGAGGAGGAUGGGCUGCCCGCUGCUGCUGCUUACAGGUCUGAUGCUCAUCGCAGCUUGCUCUCACUUUCUCUGUGCGUCCAACAGUUGCGGUGAGGAGGUGGCUCGUCUGCAGGAAAAGGAGAGGCUUCUGCAGGGCCAGCUUCAGAAACAAGAACUCCUCCUACACAGACUACACUUGCUAAACCAACCGGGCAACACGGACACAGCCAGACCCGUUCAGAGCCAGGAGACCCAGUACACAGACUGCUCCCAGAUCUUCAGUUCCGGCUCCAAAUCCAGUGGUUUCUACACCAUCAAACCCCACGGCAGCCCUCAUCCAGUCAGAGCAUACUGUGAUAUGAGUGAUGGAGGCGGCUGGAUCGUCAUUCAGAGACGGAUCGAUGGAACACAGAGGUUUAACAGGUCGUGGGCAGAGUAUAAGGAUGGAUUUGGAGACAUGGAUGCAGAGUUUUGGCUCGGCAAUGACAACCUGCAUUACAUCACUACACAAGGGAAUUACUCUCUGAGGAUUAACCUGGAAGACUUUGAUGGUUAUCAGCGCUAUGCCGAGUACAAGAACUUCAAAGUGGCCGAUGAAAAGGACCACUAUCAACUAACCUUUGGAACCUAUGUCGGUACAGCUGGAGACGCUCUGUCUGGGAUGGAUCAGGUUGGUGUGUCAGACUGGGCCAGUCACCACAACAUGAAAUUCAGCACCUACGACCAGGACAACGAUAACUACAAAGGAAACUGCGCACAGGAAGACAAAGGAGGCUGGUGGUUCAACAAGUGUCACUCGGCCCAUCUCAAUGGCUUGUACUACCCCAAUGGGCACUACAGUGCAUUGACAGAUGAUGGUGUAGUUUGGUACACUUGGAAAGGAUGGUGGUACUCCCUGAAAACAAGCAUCAUGAAGCUGCGACCCAUCGACUUCAAACUGGAUCCCAUCGACGACCCCAAUGCCGUUCAGCACAGACUACCUUCCUAGAGCGGACAUGAGGAGAUAUCAAGUCUGCUUGGCUCCACUAUUUUGGGCAAAAAUGGCUUCAUUAAUGUAUAGUAAUUGGUGUGAAAUCAUAUUUCAAUUUUAUAAUCCUCUCAAAUUGGAUGUAUGCUUGUUCACACACUUACAGCAACAUAUUUAAAGACUUCACAACAUAAUUGUAAGUGAAAACUUUUGAAUGUUUUUUUUAGAAACAUGAAUGUCGCAGUGGGAAGUAGCAAGCACACACAGAUGUCUAUUUUGGUGGAGAAAAGGGAAAUAAGAAGGCUGAAAGAUUACUCCAAAGGUCACGAAAGGAGCCCUUAAUCCUGUCAUUGAAAAUGGCAAACAAGAACUGAAAGGGUUCUUUUUAUGCAAUAAUAUAUGAUAUUGCAGAGCUCCGAACUGGAAGUUUGCCUAAAUCUUAUGAAGGCUAGCAGAAAUUACCUGUGUAUCACAAACAGCUAAAAUAAAGGAACGACAUGCAUAAAUGAAAACAAAAGUGACGUAUGGUGGAAAUAAAAUCACAUAUAUAAAGGAUUAGUUUUAGUAGGCCAUACGCUGUACUUAAUCUCACACUUGCAGACUCUACUUGUGAACCAGCUAUAUUUUCUUUCUGGCAUUUGCAUUAUAACCAUAAUUCACGGAAUAAAACAAGAAAAUACUACUUGUUCAUUGAAAAA